UUAUUUAAAAUUUUACACUUUUCUUUUCAGAAUUUACGAGUUAUUUUUUUCAGGUUUGACAAGUUAAUUUUUUUUUUUUUCAGGUUUUCCUUUCAGAUUUUGCGGUGUGCGCUUCAAGUAAAGCAUUUUUUCUCUGCUUAUUUUUGUAGCUCUUAUUUAAUAUUUUACAAUAUUCUUUUAGCUGUUAUUUAAAAUUUUACAAUAUUCUUUUCAGAAUUUACGAGUUAUUUUUUUCAGGUUUUCCUUUCAGAUUUUGCAAGUUAAUUUUCUGUUUAUUAUCGUGCUUAACUUGAUUAUUAUUUCAGAAGUAAUAAGGCAUAUAUAUUCAGCACUGUUUUUAUCCUUAAUUAAUUACUGGGCGUUAUUAAAGUUUGAUUUUUUACUUUUUGGGUAACAAACAUUUCCAUUAAUUACCUUUUUUUCUAUGUAAAAACUCUGGUUUGGGAAUACUUACUUCGAGUACCAAUUUUUAUUUUUCAUAGGUACAGAAGAAACUGAAAAGUUUUUUUUUUUUUUUUUUUUUUUUUUUUGCAAAACUGUUUCUUAUGCUUGGUUGAUUUUAAAUACAGCAUUAUUGAUAUAUAUUUCCGUACAAUAAUUUUGGUUUUUUGUUAUGAAUAUUAUGCGCUAAGUUAUACAGCUGCUAUUUACAGCAUAUUUAUAUAUACACACCAUGAUAAUGACUCUGUGUAUUGAUGCAAUUUAAAAAUCAUCUAAAUAUUACUGUUUUUUCAAGUGUUCCUAUUUAGAUUGCCAUUUGUAUUUUUCUGAUAACUACAGAGUUCUUAUGUUGUUAAACUAAUAACACUAAGAAUAUUUUAUAUACUAAUAUGUCAUCGAUAAGUUCUAGGUUUUGUUGUGCUUCUUGUGACUGCUCAUUUUCUGUUAAAAGUAAUUUAUAUAGACACAUAAGAAAUUUUCAUUCUGAACAUAAGUUGGAAACUUAUAAUGAAAGAGAUUGUACUCUGUGUAAUGAAAGGUUUACUUCUAUGAAAGAGUUGCAUGACCACAUAGAUUCUGUCCAUACAGAUAUAAGGUUAAAUUUUCAGGAACUUAUUUUUCAUUCUAAAUCUGAAUUCGAAAAUUGGAAAGAAGAUGUUGAAAAAAGUAGUCAGUCCUUUUUUGCCAAACGAACGACUAAACGUUUGGCAGAUGGGACAAUUCGUAGUUAUUUCUUAUGUAAUAGAAGUGGUUCAUGUAAAAUAAAAACUGACAGAAUACGUCACAUGAAAUGUGGAGGUUCAAUUAAAAUAGGGAAAACAUGUCCUGCUGAAAUAAAAGUGUCAGAGAAAGAGAUCGGGGAUAUUUUUGAAAUUAAAGUUAGUUACCAAUCAGUGCAUGUUGGUCAUAGGCAUGAAGUUGGGAAAUUGCCGCUCUCAAAAACUGAAAAAUCUAAAUUAGCAGGUAUGAUGCAGCAAGGUAUUCCAAAAGAAAAGAUUUUAAUGUCCAUUCAAAGUAGUUAUUCACCAACAAAAAGAAUUGGUGUUACUCACUUAAAAGAUUUACAAAAUAUUUCUAGAGGUAUUCAGGUAAAUAAUGAAAUUGUUUUUGACACUAAUGAUGCAGUAUCGGUGGACUUAAAAGUCCAGAAAAUGAAAGCUGAAUCUGGUUGUCCAAUUUUGUUGUACAAGAAAGUUGGUGACGAACUGCCAGGUUUUCAAGGUGUAUCAAGGGAUGAUUUCCUUUUAGGGGUUAUGAAUGGUGCCCAACUUAGGUUGCUGGAAUUAAACAGCAGCUGUAUUAUGAUAGACUCUACUCAUGGUAUGAAUCAGUAUGGAUUUCAAUUAACUUCUGUACUUGUCAAUGAUGAUAAUCAUGAAGGUUUUCCUGUUGCUAUUUUGUAUUCAUCAAAAAUAACAGCACAAACUUUUAUACCAUUUUUUUCAGCUAUUAAAGAUAGAGUUCCUAAUCUUAAACCUAAGGUUUUCAUGUCAGACGAUGCUCCGGCAUUUUAUAAUGCAUGGUGUCAGGUUUUUGGUGAAGUUGAUAAGUGUCUUUUGUGUAGCUGGCAUGUUCGCAGAGCAUGGAAUAAAAACUUAUCUAAAAUAAAAAAACAGUGACUUAAGGUUAAAAAUUGCAAAUGAGUUAGUGCAAAUAAUGCACGAAAUUGACAUAGUGUCUUUCAAAAGAAUUUCGGAUAUCUUUGUCACCAGCUGUUUGUCUAAUGAAGAAACAAAAGCUUUUGGAGAAUAUUUCUACAAAAAUUAUAUGUCUCAGCCUGAGAAAUUGGCCUAUUGCUAUCGAAUUGGAUUAGGGGUUAAUACAAAUAUGAAAGUUGAAAGGUGGCACAAGCAGCUUAAGUAUGAACAUGGUAACGCAAAGGUGAUAAAGAGACUAGAUUAUUCUUUAUCUUUGGUGUUAAAUGCUAUUGCAAGGAA